AUGGGUCUGACACCGAUUACCCUGGGUUAUGUGCCGCUGCUCGACAGCGCGGUGUUGAUCGCCGCCCAGGAACAGGGUUUUGCCGAGGCCGAGGGCCUCGAAUUCACCCUGGUGCGCGAAACCUCGUGGGCCAAUAUCCGCGACCGCGUUGCCGUGGGCCAUUUCGACGGGGCGCAUAUGCUUGCGCCCAUGCCGCUGAGCGUAAAUCUGGGAUUGACGCCGCUUGAUGUGCCGCUCGUUGCGCCCAUGGCCCUGGGGCUCGGGGGCAAUGCCGUUACGGUAUCCUUGCCGCUUUGGCGGGCCAUGCAGGAGCAGGAGGCGGUCUCGGGGGUCGAUGCAAGGGCCAGCGGAAUGGCGCUCGCCCAGGUGAUUGCCGCCCGGCGCAAGAAAGGCCUUCCCGCGCUGCGCUUCGGGGUGGUUCAUCCCGAGAGCGGGCACAAUUACGAACUGCGCUACUGGCUGACCGCUUCAGGCGUCGAUACGACGCGUGACAUCGAAAUCGUCGUCGUGCCGCCACCCUUCUUGCCCGAUGCGCUGGGUGCCGGCCGCGUCGACGGGUAUUGCGUGGGUGAGCCGUUCAAUUCGGUCGCCGUUGCGCGCGGGGUGGGGCGCAUCGUGACGAUCAAAUCCUCGAUAUGGCGCUCCAGCCCGGAGAAAGUGCUCGGGGUGCGCCGCGAAUGGGCCGAGCGGUUUCCCGAACAGAUCGCGGCGGUCAUCAGGGCCAUAACCCGCGCCGCGCGGUGGUGCGGGGACCCCGACAACCACGAUACACUGGCCCGGGCCCUGUCCAGGGAGGACCGGUUGGCCAUUUCCUCGACCGUGCUCAUGCGUGCCCUGACGGGACGGCUGUAUAUCGGUGACAAAGACAUUGUCGAGGUGCCGGACUUUUUUCUCCCGUUCGAGCGCGCGGCGAAUUUCCCCUGGAUCAGCCAUGCAUUGUGGUUCUAUUCCCAAAUGGUGCGCUGGCGGCAGGUCAGCCAUACUGCCGAAAAUGCUCAGAAGGCAGUCCGCACAUAUCGUCCCGACAUUUAUCGCGCGGCGCUGGCCGGGAUGGGAAUCGCGGUUCCCUCGGCCAAUGCCAAGGUCGAAGGCGCGUUGAUCGAGUCUACGGCGCUCGGCGCGCUCGGCGGGAGCCUGUUGCUUGGUCCGGACGGGUUUUUUGACGGCACCCAGUUCGACCUCGACGCGCUUGACGCCUAUAUCGCGCGCCAGGCUCUCUGA